AUGCAGACAUCGGCCGCUCAGGACCAGUCCAAGCCUACCAUCGAGAUGAGCUUAAGAGAACACUUACUCGCUGCUGGCGCUGGCCAGCCCGCCGUACAGCCUUUGCCCCAGCACCCGACACAUUCUCAACACCCACACCCUCCCAGCCAGCCCCACGCCAUUGACCCUGCCAUUGGCGGCCCGACCUCGUACGACAUGAGCGCUGGCGGCCCCGACGACGGCAAUACCAGUGAGGGUCGCUCAAAGGGACGGAGAGAGCUGUCCACGUCCAAGCGCGCUGCCCAGAAUCGCGCUGCUCAGCGCGCAUUCCGUCAGCGCAAGGAGGAGUACAUCAAGCAGCUCAAAGACCAGGUCAAGGAGUUUGAGCAGCUAUGCGAGCUCUACAAGACGCUUCAGACCGAGAACUAUCAAUUGCGCGACUACAUCAUCAACCUCCAAUCCCGACUCCUCGAGACCCAGGGCGAGAUCCCCCCUGCCCCGGCUGGUGUAGACCUCAACCGACCGCACGCCGAGCAAGCCAACAUGCACCCCCAGCCACAGCCACCCCAGACCCCACAACAGCCCGAGCAGCAACAGCAGCAGCAACAACCUGCGCAGAACAACAGCAACGGCGGCCUGUCGGAGCGCCAGAUUGGUGAGCUACAAAUGGCAGCCCAAGCAGCAGCCGCCGCUCAGCACAGCACGGCCGGCACCAAACACGCAAACGUCGAUAGUUCAUAUGACUUCACAGAGAAGCGCCAAAAGGUCGACGAAUCUCCCCAAGCCACUCCGAUCCAUGGCUUACCAGCGUAG